AAAGACUCCAGCGUCCAAUGACAAGGUGAUUUUGAAAAACAUGAAGACAAUCAAUGAAAUGGGUGAAGGACUAAGACAAUGUCUUCCUGCUGGCUCAGGCCCUUCAGAGAAAUUGGAAUCUAGCAUAGUGCAACAGCAUCAGUCCAACUCACUCACCGUAAGUGAUAUUCCAGAAAAAACAGAGUACUUUGCCAUGCUCUCUCAUCAAAAUACCUUGACACCAAAAGAUGAGGUUGUAAAAUCAGGCAACUUGGAAUCAGAAGGUUCUAGCGUCACAUUGCGUGAUGGAGCCAACUCCGAAAAGCGCUUUGUGCUACACAGAAGAGAUUCUUCUUGUGACUCUGGCGUUCUGAGCGCCUCUUCCUCCCCAGUAAUGAUAGCAUGCAAAGACACUGUGAAUGCCUGUCUCUGCAUCUCAGACUGCAAGAAGCCAAUGGAACACCAUGCAGAAGAGAUACAGACUUUUGCAGUUUCCUUGAACAAGGAUGCUGAUUUUCAGGAUACAAAGCAUACUGAGCAGUCCUUUUCGGAUGGUAGCCAAGCAGAGCAUUUGCAGGGUAAAAUUUGCAAAGAGGGGAGUUCCUCCCUCCUUCCCACUAUGUCUGUAGAAAAGAAAAGUUUUCAUGACGAUUACAGAAAUGACAACUUAGAAGAACUGACAUUACCUGCUCAUCCCUUAAGAAGGCAUCCCACAAGUGACAGCUUGGAUGAGUACAUGGACGCUUGCUGUAAGCUGAGUAAGGUCAACCAAGAAAAUGCCAAAGCACGUGGCUCAGGCUUGGGUUACCUAGAGCACAUCUGCCAACUUAUUGAAAAAAUUGGACAGCUACAAGAGCACAAUCUGAAAUUACAGAAAGAAAUCUGUGGUUUACAGAAGGAGCAGAAAACAAGCCAACUAAAGGAGGUAACAGACUGUCUUCUCUGUUUACCUUAA